UCAGUGUCUGAUCUCAGGCUGGUUCUGCUUGGGAAGACUGGAGAAGGAAAGAGUUCCAGUGGAAACAGCAUACUGGGAAGAGAUGCCUUCAGAGAAAUCUCCAGUCACUCAUCAGUGGCUGCUGAAUGCUCCAAGCAGCAGGAAAGGGUGGUGAAGAAGAUGGUCUCUGUGGUCGACACUCCCGGCCUCUUUGACACCUUCCUGCCUGAAGACGUUGUGAAGAGGGAGAUCUCCAAAUGCAUCAACAUGUCGGCCCCGGGGCCCCACGCCAUCCUGCUGGUCAUCAAGGUUGGACGCUUCACAGCAGAGGAAAGAGACGCUGUGAAGAAGGUGGAGGAGAUCUUUGGAGAGGGUGCCUGGAGGUACACCAUCAUCAUCUUCACUCACGGAGAUGUAGUUGAGUCAGACUUGGACGAGACCUUGGAGGAGGCAGGAGCUGAGCUGCAGGAGGUCCUGCAGAAGGCUGGAAACAGAUACCACGUCUUCAACAACCUCAAAACCAACGACCGCCGCCAAGUCCUCAAUCUGCUGGAGAAGGUGGAUAAGAUGGUGGCAGACAACGGAGGAGAGUUUUACUCCAACUACACCUACCUGGAAGUUGAAGAAAUGCUAAAGAGGAGAGAGUCGGAGCUCAGAGAGUUCUUCAAGAAGAAGCUGAUGGAGGCUCAGGAGGAGAAACAGCAGGUGGAGGAACGGAUGAGGUCUGAGCUGGAGGAGUUGAGGCGGUAUUACCACAUGUUAGAGAGCGGAGUCGGUCAGGUCGUGGAGCAGGUGGCCAAAGACGACUCCUUAGAUGAAAUCCUCACCAAUUUCCACCACACCCUGAAACUGAACGGAGCUGUUUCUGACUCUUGUACAGAGCUGGCACCAUCAGUUAUGUAG